AUGAACUAUAAGGAUCUCAAAAAGCAAAUAAAACUGAUCAAAAGCUUACAAAAAUCCAUAUUAAAAGAUGUUGAAGAACAAGAUCCUGAUGUUGUUGAUCUACAAUUGAGUGAUGCUUUAAAUAAUUCUCAAGUUAAGGGUGAAUUGGCUGGGUUCUUUUUCUCAUUAGAUCGUAAUAUUGAAAAAGUGGAUGAUUUUUAUAACAAGCAAUAUUCAGAAUAUGAUAGAAGAUUGAAGAAAAUCUCUUCAAUCAUCAAUUCUUUCAAUGGUCAUAUUGAAACUUUAGACCAUGAAGAAUUAGAAGAAAUUAUUGGUGUGUUGAUUGAAUUACGUUCAUGCUUUAGAAAUCUGAAAUGGUUUGGUGAAUUAAACAAGCGUGGAUUUGUGAAAAUUUUGAAAAAAUUAGAUAAGAAAACAGGUACUUCUCAACAAGGUCCUUAUUUAAAUUCAAGAAUUUUCCCAUUGAGUUUUGCUCAUGAAUCUGAUAUCAUUAAAGAUUUAUCUUCAAUUAAUGUCUUUUUGAACAAAUUAUCACCACAUGUUGAGACUUCAAAAUUAGAUGAAUCUAAUGGAACAAGUAAAAGAAGAUCAAGUGGUGGUUCAAUUUCCCCAGAUAAAUACCAAAGAUUUAUCGAGAAAGAUGAUGAACAACCAUUAAUUAAUCAAUUGAUUGUUGAGUAUCGUUCAAUUGUUCUUGUUCCAGUGAAAAUCUUGGUUUCUUUAUUGAACAAAGCAUCUUUAUCGCAGUCAACCAAAUGUAUUUCCAAGUUACUAGAAGUUAUUCCUUCAUUGGGUGAUCCAUCAGAUAUUAGUGGUAGAAAUUUUUUCCAUCACCAUAUUAUAGCCCUAGGAAAACAAAUCCAAAAAUCAAAUAAUGAUAAUAUUUCAAGCUCAAAAUCAUCUGAUAAUGUUUCAGCUUUAUUAUCAAUGAAUUAUUUGAACUUGACACCUGCUGCAUUACCUGAUGCAAAUUAUAGAAUGGUUGGUGCUUUCGGACCAGAUGGUGUGAACUCAAAUGACUCACCAACAUCACUUUUAUACAUUUUGAAUAAUUUGCCACCUCAUUUAAGACCUGCUCUAUUACAACGUGAUAAUUAUAGAAGAACUCCACUUCAUUAUGCUGCUCAAUUUGGUCUACGGGAAAUCACAACAAUUAUAAUUGAUUUCUUAAAAUCUUGGAAUGAAUGGGAUGCAACCAUCUCUGUGGAUAGUUUACAGAUUUGGGGAGAUGCUGAAUCUUUAUCACCAUUACAUCUAGCCGUCUUGGGAACCCAUCCAAAAACUGUUGAAGUAUUAGUUGCAAAUUCAAACAAAACUUUAACAUCCCCAAGAUUGAUUUUGUUAGCUUCAAGAUUAAAUUCACCAUCCAUAUUAAAUACUCUUUUACAAUGUCAAGGGAUUGAUAUUAAUUAUAGAGAUCCAGAUACAAAGGAAACACCUUUAUACAUUGCCACAAAAUUAAAUUUUGGUAAAACUGUUGAAUUCUUAUUAGAAAAAGGUGCAAAUACAGAAAUUGGUGAAGCUUCAUUUGGUUGGACUCCAAUUUUCAUUGCUGCAGUUGAAGGUUUAUAUGAAAUUGUUGUAUUAUUGAAAAAAUACGGAGCUAUUUAUUCAAAAGAAGAUGAAAGUGGGUGGACACCAAUGGAACAUGCAUGUCUAAGAGGUCAUCUACAAAUUGCGGAUAUUUUAAGGCCAAUUAAUUAUAAUCACUUGCAACAAUUAGAUCAAUCAAAUGGUUCAGAUGGUUCUAUCGAUAAAUUACAACAAAUUUCUUCUUCAAAUUCUUCAAUUGAUAAAAUUCACAAAUCAACAACAACUGCUCAAAAGGAAGAAAUUUAUAAAUCUAUAAGACCUAAAACUCCUAAACAAGAUGACCAAACCGUUCCACAACCUGUUAAAUCAUUUGGUCAUAAAUAUUUAACAGAUCAAUCUGUAAUCUUAAUCACAUUGGGUUCAAAUGAUACAAGAGAAGGCACUGAAGCUAUUAAAUUGGAUCGUGUUCCUAUUUCAAAAGUUCACUCUACUGAAUUAGAUACUGCAUUAUCAUUAGUUGUUAGGGCUAAAUCACAACCAAAUGAACCACCACAUGUUUUAGAUUUACCAAUUGAUGAUGCUGAACCAUUAACAAUUUAUACAUCAAAAGAAAAUCCUGAAGACGAAAUCAUUUAUUUUGAUAUUGUUCCAACAUAUGGCGGUCAACAUAAACAAAUUUUAGGUCGUGCUGUUGCAAUAUUAGAUAAAAUCUAUACAAAAGUUGGUGAUAAUCGUCGUUCAUUAAAUAAAGUUGCCACUGUUCCAAUUAUUGAAACUGAAACUCUUGAUGUUUUAGGUACAUUAAAAUUUGAAGUUUUAAUUGUUACACCUUUCCAUCAUCCAAAUAUGAAUUCAAAUCGUACUGAAGCUUAUUGGAAAUCAUUAGUUUCAACAAGAGUUAUUGGUCAUAGAGGUCUUGGUAAAAAUGUGGAUGCUAAGAAUUCAUUACAAUUGGGUGAAAAUACUAUAGAAUCAUUCAUUGCAGCUGCUUCAUUAGGUGCAUCAUAUGUUGAAUUUGAUGUUCAAUUAACCAAGGAUAAUGUACCAGUUAUUUAUCAUGAUUUUUUGGUUGCAGAAUCAGGUGCAGAUAUUCCAAUGCAUGAAUUAACAUUAGAACAAUUUUUAAAUUUAAAUAAUGUUUAUGAACAAAAAAAUGAACCUAAAAGGGCAAAAGAUGAUGAAAUUUUAUUUAGACCAAGAUCUGCAUCACAUUUCCAUUAUAAUGAUAAUGAUUCAAAUAAUAAAAAAUUUAAAAAUGAUGAAUUUUAUUCAGAUAAAAUGAAAUUAACUAAAACUUAUAAAGAUUUAGGAUUUAAAGGUAAUUUACGUGGUUCAUCAAUUGCCUCAUCAUUUGUUACAUUAAAAGAAUUAUUUAAAAAAAUUCCUCAAAAUGUUGGAUUUAAUAUUGAAUGUAAAUAUCCAUUAUUAUAUGAAGCUCAAGAAGAUGAAAUUGGAGAAGUUAUGAUUGAUUUAAAUUUUUGGAUUGAUACAGUUUUACAAAUUGUUUAUGAUAAUGCAAAAGGUCGUGAUAUUAUUUUUUCAUCAUUUCAUCCAGAAGCUUGUUUAUUAUUAUCUUUAAAACAACCAUCAAUUCCAAUUUUAUUUUUAACAGAAUCAGGUACAAAUUUAAUGCCAGAUGUUAGAUGUGGAUCAUUACAAAGUGCAGUUAGAUUUGCUAAAAAAUGGAAUUUAUUAGGUAUUGUUAGUGCAGCUGAACCAAUAGUUAAAUGUCCAAGAUUAGCACAAGUUGUUAAAGCAAGUGGAUUAUGUUGUUUUACUUAUGGUGUUUUAAAUAAUGAUCCUGAAAAUGCAAGAUUACAAAUGGAUGCUGGUGUUGAUGCAGUUAUUGUUGAUAAUGUUAUGGCUGUCAAGAAGGAAUUACAGAAAACAAAUUCUACAUCACCAUCAAACAAUGAUCUUGUUUCAAAAAUUGAAGAUGAAGUUAAAGAAAAAUUAAAUUUAAAAGAUGAAAUUGCAGUUAAGGAAUAG